AUCUUAACUAUGUCUAAUCGUAUCCAUAUGAACGUAGCUGACAAUCCCUCUAUGUCUCUAAUCCCCCCUGAGAGCAUUUAUAAGAUCAAGGCCUUCAACGCCAAGGCUGUCACUCGGGUCCGCAGGAGCGGGCAGUACGUGCUCCAGUUGGUGCUCCAGUUGGUCGCAUUGGAAGCCAUGACUUGAAAUGGUGUUUUUCAUAUCCUCAAGCUCGCGAACUCAUGGGAUUGGCAAAGCUCGAUCGCAUUAUUUCCUGUGCUCUCGCCUUGUCCAAGGCCGCGUGUAGGAUCCUUUGGUGCUUCGCCACUUCAAUACGGACGAAGAGCUCGAGGCAGGGUGUGCACACGUACGGUUUCGAAACUUCGACAAGAGGUAGAGGGGACUAGCAUUCUCUUUGCCUAUAAGUAUUGCCUGAGGUACAAAUGCUUUCUUUCAAUAGAGAUCUUCCAUCUCGGAUUUCCCUCAGUUCACGGACACAUCUGCUCCCAUCAUGAAACUCAAAACGACAUUUACAGCAUCGCUGCUGGCAAGCUCUGCGUUAGCCUCCACGUUGAGGAGUUUUCAUGAAAGACAGGCUUCAGGAUCGUUCUACCCCAUUACCGGACCGACAGGGGGUGUUCAUCCCCGUCUUGAGAUACGUCAACUCCAGAAGACGGGAGAGAUGUGGAACUUGUUCCUCCUUGCCAUGGCCGAGUUCGAAGCCAUGGACCAGAACGAAAUCGAUUCGUAUUACCAGAUUGCAGGUAUUCACGGAAUGCCAUGGUACGACUGGGAUGGCGUGAAAAUGAACCCCGGCAUUGAGAAGCCCGUCAAGCGGGGUUAUUGCCCGCAUUCUAACUUGUUAUUCGGAAUCUGGCAUCGACCAUAUGUACUGCUCUUUGAGCAAAAACUGCAAGCUAUUGCUAUCAAUAUCGCAAACCGGUUCUCCGGAGACAGCAAACCCAAGUACCAAGAGGCGGCGAGUAAACUUCGCUUACCCUACUGGGACUGGGCACAGAAGGUUGAGGCAGAUGAGCCAGUGUUUCCCACAGCCUUCAGUACCGAGAGGGUGGAGGUGACGCAGCCUGAUAACAACAAAGUUGUCAUUGAUAACCCUCUUUUCGACUUUGAUUUCCACCCACUGGAUAACAAGCAAAUCAACGGAACAGGAUGCGGUUACCCACUUGCGGGUGGACCCUUGGACAACCACUUCAAGAUGUGCAACGAGGCGCAGAGAACUGUAAGGAAAGCGCAGACUGCAGCACGGAACGUGAGCAACCAUGUCGCGUUGGAGGCAGCGUUCAAGAACCUAUACAAGCCACUUCGCUAUAACCUGUUCAAGGUACUUUCCAGGUGGCAGCCAUUCGACUCCUUUGCAAAUAACGGGAAUUGCGGAGAUCCUCUGUCCUUCGACUCGCUCGAGGCCGUUCAUGAUAGUAUCCAUGUGGAAAUGGCUCCAGCACACAUGGUCCCCGUUGCUGUGUCUGCAUUCGAUCCCGUCUUCUGGAUGCACCAUGCGAAUGUCGAUCGUUAUCUGGCUAUCUGGCAGGCGAUAUAUCCGGAUACCUACGUGGAGCAGUGCAACGCAGGGAGCGAAACCUGGACAAUCAAGCUGAACGAUUCUCUUGCUGCUAAUUCGCCCCUUACGCCCUUCCAUAUGAACACGGCCGGCGAUUUCUGGACUGCUGCCAAAGCUCGAGAUAUUCGGCAAAUGGGAUAUACUUACCCCGAGCUUGCGAGUAAUCCGAGCAACGCGACUUUAGUGACGGAAGUCAUUCGCCUUUACUCCGAAGGCUCAAAUGGAGGUGCCCGCAGAGCGAAGCGGGAGGAUGUGCCCGAAGCCAGCCAAGUAUAUCUCGCCCAAGCCGAACUGCCAAGUGGAGGAAGUCCGUAUAGCAUUUAUGUCUUUCUUGGAGAGGUAACAGACAAUGCUGUGACCUGGUCAGGCCUGGACUCGUUUGUAGGCCUCGCAUCGACGUUGGGCACCCAUGGUACGAACCCUUUGCGUAGUACUAUAGACCUUACGCACGCGGUAGGAGAGAAGAUCGCGAAAGGCGACAUCAAGGAAGAUGGCGCCCUUGAUUACCUGAAACAGCAUUUGAAAUGGAGGCUUGUUUUUGCAGAGGAAGAGAUCCCUCGCGAUAAGAUCCCAGGAGCGAAGGUAUCUCUGGUCACGACGACUGUGGAGAAGGCAUCCUCAGAAUCGGAGUUUGACCGCUGGCUUGGAGAUUUCACGGCGCAUGGGGCAGUUGAUUCCUGAAAUUUGGCCGAGCCUGCAACAGACAGGAAGUUCUUGUGCGUCCAGCCUGGCAUAACAUAGAUACCUGGCCCAUUGGUGUAUUGUACUGCGACGAUCGUUGCGGCCGUCCAUUUCCGUCGAUGGCUCGUGUACGGUUGAUUGUACGUGUAGAUGUUUUGCCAUAACCUAACCAAUCAGAUUUCUGUGGCCGAGUGGUGUAAAGGGCCCC